AUGCCUCGGGAAGACUUUAAAGGUAAAAAUAUCGGCUCUCCUCAGAAAUGGAAAGAUGAUUCUCAUAGUCGAAGCGAUAAUAAAUUUAAAAGAAAGGCUAAUGUUCUAGAGGGGGAUCGUUCCAGGAGACCUGUGCCUCCUUUCCCAUUGCCUUUACCUGAUUUCAGUGGAUUAGUCCCACCUAAGGAUGGAACUAUGCCGGUUCUUCUUCCUGGGAUGCAACUCCCUCCUCCAAUUCUAAUGAAUAUGCCUCUUCCUCCACCUGAUUCUGACCCUGAGGAGAUAAAGAAGGCUUUGAAGCUUAUAAUGUCAAACUUCCCUUCGUUCCCUAAAGACGCAAAGCUUCCCUUCCCGCCUGUUCCCAGACAGACGCAAUAUCGCAAGAAGAAGAAGCGUGAUCUGCCUUUUGAACGGGCUCCACCGAGUCUUGAGGACCUCUACGAACGUGAGCUUGACAAGAAGUUAGCUGAGGCCGAAAAGGUCCAGGAAUCUUCAAUCUCAUUCUUUCUUAAAGUUCCUGGACUUCUUAGCAAACGCCAUCUCAAGGGCUCUACAAGUACGUUGUAA